AUGUACGGCACAAACCCACAAACGGGCAUAUCAACGCCUCGAUCCUCACAGUCUCUCCGACCGCUCUCCCUCACACACGGCUCCCUCGAACACACACUGCUGAUUCCCACAGCAUUACAUUUCUACGCCUCGCAACUAAAAGACAGAUUUACAGCAACCCUUCCAGAGCCCACAGACGAGCUUGCCCAGGACGACGAGCCUUCGUCGACGGCGGAGCUCGUGGCACGCUACCUCGGUCACAUAGCUUCAGAGAUAGACGACGGCGAAGAUUUUCUCGAAGUGCUCAAGCUCGUCCUAAAUGAGUUUGAGCGCGUAUUCCUGCAAGGGAACGACGUGCACGCUUUGGCAGUAUCGCUCCCUGGGAUAGCACAGAAGAAACUGGUGGUGGUCCAGUCAUAUUAUGCAGCAAGAGCUUCCGCGAACCGACCGCUCAAGUCUCACCCAUCCGCACUUUUCAGAGCAGCGGAAGAUGAAGAGGCAGGCCUAUACGCUGUAUUCGGAGGUCAGGGGAAUAUUGAGGAGUACUUUGACGAGCUCCGAGAGGUCUACACCACAUAUCCUUCAUUCGUGGAGGAGCUGGUCGAAGAUUCCGCCGAGCUCCUACACUCUCUGUCUAGAGACCCACGAGCCGAGAAGCUCUACUCCAAGGGACUCGACGUUAUGCGAUGGCUUCAUGACAAAGAUACGCAACCAGAUACAGACUACCUCGUAUCUGCGCCAGUCAGCUUGCCUCUUAUUGGGCUCGUUCAGUUUGCCCAUUAUGCGGUGACCUGUAAGGCAAUGGGUCAGACACCUGGGGACAUCAGACAGAAAUUCCUCGGUACUACUGGUCAUUCACAAGGCAUCGUCACAGCUGCCGCAAUUGCAGCAGCGGAUUCAUGGGAAUCCUAUGAAAAGGUAGUUAGGAAGGCCCUUACGAUGCUCUUUUGGAUUGGUUCGCGAAGUCAACAGGCUUAUCCACGGACAUCACUCGCCCCUUCGAUCCUGCAGGACUCGAUAGAUAACGGGGAGGGCAAUCCUACACCAAUGUUGUCUGUUCGAGAUCUUUCGAGAUCUGCGUUGCAGGAGCAUAUCGACACGACCAAUCAUCAUCUACCGCAAGACCGCCAUAUCGCCAUCUCACUCAUUAAUAGCGCUCGCAACUGUGUCGUCACUGGUCCUCCCAUCUCGCUCUAUGGAUUGAACCUUCGCCUCCGAAAAGUCAAAGCCCCUACCGGUCUUGACCAAACACGCAUCCCGUUCACCGAGCGAAAAAGCCGCUUCGUGAAUCGCUUCUUACCAAUUACCUCCCCAUUCCAUAGCAUAUACCUCAUCGAAGCCUACAAGCAUAUUGUGGAAGACCUCAGCCAUAUCCAAAUUAGCGUCAAGGAUCUCACUAUCCCAGUCUUCAACACAGCUACUGGGGUGGAUGUCCGGCAAGAAGGAGAGGACAAUAUCGUGCCAGCAUUGGUUCGAAUGAUAACGCAGGAUCCUGUCGACUGGGCCAAGGCAACCGUCUUCUCCAAAGCAACGCACAUUAUUGAUUUUGGUCCUGGUGGUAUCUCUGGCCUUGGUGUAUUGACAAGCCGAAUCAAGGAAGGCACUGGCGUGCGAGUGAUCCUUGCGGGUGCAAUUGAUGGCACAAACUCUGGGGUGGGAUACAAGGCUGAGCUUUUCGAUCGCGAUUCGGAACAUGCGAUCAAGUACGCCGUCGAUUGGGUCAAAGAGCAUGGUCCAAAACUGGUCAAGACAUCCGUCGGACAGACCUUUGUGGACACUAAGAUGAGCAGGCUCCUCGGUGUUCCUCCGGUGAUGGUGGCUGGUAUGACUCCAUGUACCGUGCCUUGGGAUUUCGUGGCUGCUACCAUGAGGGCUGGGUACCAGAUCGAGCUUGCGGGAGGUGGAUACUACAACGCAAAGACCAUGACAGAAGCUUUGAAGAAGAUUGAAGACGAUAUUCCGGCAGGUCGCGGUAUCACGAUCAAUCUCAUCUACGUCAAUCCCCGAGCCAUGGCGUGGCAGAUCCCUCUGAUCGGCCAGCUCCGCGCUGAUGGCGUACCCAUCGAGGGGCUAACCAUCGGGGCUGGUGUACCGUCAAUUGAGAUUGCUAACGAGUACAUCGAGACACUCGGUAUCAAGCAUAUUGCAUUCAAACCUGGAUCCGUCGAAGCGAUUCAAGCAGUCAUUAACGUCGCUCAAUCGAAUCCCCACUUCCCUGUCAUACUCCAGUGGACUGGUGGACGCGGUGGUGGCCAUCAUUCAUUUGAAGAUUUUCACCAGCCUGUUUUGCAAAUGUACGGCAGGAUUCGAAGCUGUGGUAAUCUCAUCUUAAUCGCCGGCAGUGGUUUCGGUGGUUCUGAAGAUACCUAUCCCUAUAUGACCGGCACUUGGUCAUCAAGAUUUGGAUAUCCACCGAUGCCGUUUGAUGGAUGCCUCUUCGGUAGUCGCAUGAUGACUGCCAAAGAAGCAAAGACAUCUAAAAAUGCGAAGAGAGCUAUCGCGGAAGCUGAAGGUAUUGAUGACAGUCAAUGGGAGAAAACUUACAAAGGGCCAGCUGGUGGCGUCAUCACAGUACGAUCUGAGAUGGGCGAGCCAAUCCACAAGCUUGCAACCAGAGGCGUCAAGUUCUGGGCUGAGAUGGACCAAAAGAUCUUUAGCCUUGACAAGGCCAAGCGCGUGCCCGAACUCAGGAAACAGCGUGAAUACAUCAUCAAGAAGCUCAACGAUGACUUCCAGAAAGUAUGGUUCGGUCGCAACUCUUCCGGCCAGGUCGUGGACCUCGAAGACAUGACCUAUGGUGAGGUCUUGAAGCGCAUGGUGGAUCUCAUGUACGUCAAGCAUGAGUCCCGUUGGAUUGAUCAGUCUCUUGAGCGCUUGACUGGAGAUUUUAUUCGACGACUGGAAGAGAGGUUCACCGCCGCUCCUGGCAAGUCCUCUCUAGUUCAGAGCUACUCGGAGUUGGACGAGCCUUACAAGGUUGUUGAUAGCGUCUUCGAGGCCUAUCCUGAGGCCAACGAUCAACUGAUCAACGCUCAAGAUGUCCAACACUUCCUGCUCUUGUGUCAACGGCGGGGACAGAAGCCAGUACCGUUUGUCCCUUGCCUUGACGAGAACUUCGAGUUCUUCUUCAAGAAAGACUCGCUCUGGCAGUCCGAAGAUCUUGAGGCUGUGGUAGACCAAGAUGUCGGGCGAACAUGUAUUCUCCAGGGCCCAACUGCUGCAAAAUACUCUAAUGCGAUUGAUGAGCCAAUCAAGGAUAUCCUUGACGGUAUUCACGAGGAUCACAUCAAAGGUCUCACAAGAGAUGUAUACGGCAAUAAAGAGUCCACAAUCCCGGUCGUCGAAUACUUCGGAGGACAGCUACUCCUCGAUGAUGGGGUUGACGAAGAUGCGAAUGGUCUCACGACCUCGCAAGAUGACGACCGAGUCAGCUAUCGCCUUUCCUCUGCACCCAAUGCAUCGCUUCCUGAUCUAGAGGCGUGGAUGCAUCUCCUCGCGGGGAAAGCGUACUCUUGGAGAUAUGCUAUGUUUACUACAGAGGUUUUUGUCCAGGGCCAAAGAUUCCAGACCAACCCUUUCCAGAGGAUAUUUGCACCUACUAAAGGAAUGCUCGUUGAAAUACUGCAUCCGAAAGACCCAGCGAAGACAGCCAUCCACGUGAAGGAGGUGUCCCGUUCUGGCAAAAUGGUCAUGACUGUGGAGGUCGUCAUGACAAACCAGAAAGAGAUUGUUGUCAAUCUUUUCGAGGAAAGGACGGCAGAAGGCAGGGCUGUGCCAUUGCCCUUGAUAUUCACCUACCAUCCUGAAGCUGGCUAUGCUCCCAUUCGUGAGGUGAUGCAAGGUCGAAAUGACCGCAUCAAGGAAUUUUACUAUCGCAUCUGGUUUGGGGACGAGAAAGUUCCGUUCGAGACUCCUGCCACAAGUACGUUUGAAGGAGGUCGAGCUACUGUGACUAGCCAAAAGAUCGCGGACUUUGUUCACGCCGUCGGAAACACUGGAGAAGCAUUCGUUGACAGACCUGGAAAAGAGGUCUUUGCCCCCAUGGACUUUGCUAUCGUCGUUGGCUGGAAAGCUAUCACGAAGCCCAUCUUUCCUCGAUCAAUCGAUGGUGACCUUCUCAAAUUGGUGCAUCUCUCUAACGGUUUCCGCAUGGUUCCUGGCGCGGAGCCCUUGAAGAAGGGCGACGUUGUGGACACCACUGCUCAGAUCAAUGCUGUCAUCAACCAAGAUUCCGGGAAGAAGGUCGAAGUUUGCGGGACCAUCAAGCGUAAUGGCAAGCCUGUGAUGUUAGUAACGACCCAAUUCUUGUACCGUGGCGCGUAUUCAGACUUUGGCAACACCUUUGAGCGUAAGGACGAGACACCCAUGCAGAUCCACCUUGGCUCGUCGAAAGACGUGGCUGUCCUGCGCUCCAAAGAAUGGUUCAACGUGGAUGAGCCAAAUAUUGAGCUGCUAAAUCAGACAUUGACGUUCCGUCUGCAGACAUUAGUCCACUUCAAGAACAAGACAAUUUUCAGUUCAGUCGAGACGAUUGGAGAAGCGCUACUAGAGUUGCCGACCAAGGAGGUUAUCCAAGUAGCUUCAGUUGACUACCAGGCUGGGGUCUCGCACGGAAAUCCUGUCAUUGACUAUCUCCAGCGAUAUGGUUCAUCAAUCGAGCAGCCCGUCAACUUUGAGAACCCGAUCCCUCUUAGCGGCAAGACUCCUCUUGUCCUUCGAGCUCCUUCUUCGAAUGAAACAUAUGCGCGUGUCUCGGGAGAUUACAACCCGAUCCACGUUUCUCGCGUUUUUUCAAGCUACGCAAACCUCCCUGGCACAAUUACGCAUGGCAUGUACUCUAGCGCUGCUGUUCGUAGCUUAGUCGAGACCUGGGCUGCCGAAAACAAUGUCGGUCGUGUUCGAAGCUUUCAUUGCGACAUGGUUGGCAUGGUUCUGCCCAACGAUGAUAUCGAGGUCAAACUUCAGCACGUGGGGAUGGUGUCAGGCCGUAAGAUCAUCAAGGUCGAAGCAAGCAAUAAGGACACAGAGGCCAAGGUUCUAGUGGGAGAGGCUGAAGUCGAGCAGCCAGUCUCUGCCUACGUUUUUACGGGACAAGGUUCGCAGGAACAAGGGAUGGGUAUGGAGCUUUACGGAAGCAGCCCAGUAGCCAAAGAAGUGUGGGACCGUGCCGACGCCCAUUUCAUGGAGAAUUACGGCUUCUCAAUCACCGACGUUGUCAAGAAUAAUCCGAAAGAGCUCACCAUCCAUUUCGGCGGUCCUCGCGGUAAAGCAAUCCGUGAAAAUUACAUGUCAAUGACUUUCGAGUCUGUCAAUGCGGACGGCUCCAUCAAGUCAGAGAAGAUUUUCAAGGAGGUCAACGAGAAUACCGCCUCAUACACCUACCGCUCACCCACCGGUCUCCUCUCUGCUACUCAAUUCACACAACCUGCAUUGACUUUGAUGGAGAAAGCCAGUUUCGAAGACAUGCGCUCCAAGGGUCUUGUACAGAGGGACAGCACCUUCGCAGGGCACUCGCUUGGAGAAUACUCUGCAUUGGCGGCUCUGGCAGAAGUCAUGCCAAUUGAAAGCUUGGUGUCGGUAGUCUUUUACCGCGGUCUCACUAUGCAAGUCGCCGUGGAACGGGACGAAACCGGCCGCUCCAACUACUCUAUGUGUGCUGUCAACCCCAGCCGAAUCUCUAAGACCUUCAACGAGCAAGCACUACAGUAUGUGGUUGAGAAUAUCGCGGAGGAGACUAAGUGGCUUUUGGAGAUCGUCAACUACAAUGUCGCGAACAUGCAAUAUGUUUGCGCUGGUGAUCUCCGCGCUCUCGACUGCCUAACCAAUGUUACCAACUUCCUCAAAGCCCAAAAAGUCGACAUCAACUCCCUCAUUGAAACCCUCUCCCUCGACGACGUCAAAGCCAGGCUUGUCGAGAUCAUCCGCGAGUGCGCCGCUCAAACAUCUUCGAAACCCCAACCCAUCGAUCUCCAACGCGGCUUCGCUACCAUUCCGCUCAAAGGCAUCGACGUGCCUUUCCACAGUACCUUCUUACGCUCCGGUGUGAAACCUUUCAGAUCUUUCUUGUUGAAGAAGAUCAACAGGACGACGAUCGAUCCUAGCAAAUUGGUAGGGAAAUACAUUCCCAAUGUGACGGCUAAGCCCUUCGAGAUCUCAAAGGAAUACUUUGAGGAGGUUUACAAGUUGACGAAUAGUCCGAGGAUCGGCAAUGUGUUGGCGAAUUGGGAGAAAUAUGAGAACAGUAGUAAUGAGGCUACGCCAGCGAGGGCGAGGAGCCAGAGUCAGGUUCUUGUCAACGGUGAUUAA